AUGUCUCAACCUUCCAGGAGUCGUAGUAACAGCAAAUCAUCCGUAACAGGGGCUACCCCAAUAUAUACCGCGAUGCUUUCCCGCGAACACUAUAUAAAGGCUGUUAGCGCGAGAUCAAGAAAGAACGCAGGGAAGUCUGCUUCGAGGCAACGCCGGUCUCCUGAAGCAGGGGACGCUAGCAUGGUGGCAGGGCCAUCGAGAUUCCAGGAAGUUGAUGAUGACGACAUGGACCAAUCCUUUGAAUCCAAUUCAACUGCGUUAGUCACCAACACCUUGACGUCCAACAAAACCCAGGCUGCGGGGAGUAUUCAAAGGGCCUACACGGCCCCAAUGGUCUCGUCCUUUGCCGAGAACCGUGAGGUUUCCACCGAAGGUCCAUCGACAGAGAUUGCGAAUGUGUCGGUGGAUGCUGGGAGAGACAAUCUUAUGACCAGACGUCCUCCUAUACAGGUGGCCAACGUGAAUGCUAUAUUAGCCAUACUCCCAGGCCGGAAUGAAUUGUUUCCCGCCAUUCAACAUAACCGAUCUAUUGCCAAUGGAUCGUAUGCAGCAUCCACCAAUGUCCAGAAUGAUCGAGGCAUAACCAAUCAACAAAGCGGAGUGGAUGCUGGGAUAGACCAAGUGAUCAUUAGUCAAGAUGAAUAUGACAGGCUGAAGUCCACUUCAAAUGCUGCAAGGUUGAGAAGUGAUGAUAUAAUAGCGACCGUUAGAGAAGUUCAAGCCGACAGGGAGCGCAUUGCCGCCCUUGAGCGAGGUCUAACCGAGCAGGGAGAGACGUUUAAAUGGGAAAUUGACAAAGCGAGCAAGAUGUAUACUGAGCUCUUGAAGGAGAAGGUGGCCCAGGAAAACCUGUACCUUGAAACGAAGAGGGAAAAUGACAGGUUGAAGGAGCUGGAAGAGACAGUACUUGGAUUCGCAAAAUGCACAAUUUGCUAUGAAUUUAUGGAGCAAAUUUGCGUGUAA